CCCAACUGCUGCUAAUAGCUGCAUUAUUUCAAGAGUUUUGAUGAAAACCCAAGUCGCAUAGGCGCUAUUUAAAAAGAGAGAGAGAGAGAGGAAAAAAAUUGAAAGCGAAGGGGGAAAAAAAAGACCUGCGGAUUGAUCUACACUGUAUUUUGGGUAAAUACAAUCACGUGAGCGCUGGGAGCCAAUGGCAAGCGGGGAAAGGCUGAAAAAAUAAUUACCUGCCCUGAUUGUUCUAUGAGAAGAUAAAAAGUACACAUACAGUUCAUACAAUAAUCUUAUGAAUGUAAAAGAGGGGGGAACAAUGUCGGCUUCGGGUCCCAUAAGCAACUAUUAUGUAGAUUCCUUGAUUAGUCACGAAAGCGACGAACUGUUGGCAUCCAGGUUCCCGGCGACUGGCUCUCACCCUGCGGCAGCCAGACCGUCAGGACUAGUACCGGAGUGUGCCGAUUUUCCGUCCUGCAGCUUUGCCCCCAAACCGGCCGUGUUUACAACUUCGUGGGCGCCCGUGCACUCCCAGUCGUCCGUGGUCUACCACCCGUAUACCCACCAACCUCACAUUGGAGCUGACACCCGGUAUAUGCGCACUUGGCUGGAGCCUAUCUCCGGCGCGGUUUCCUUCCCAGGUUUUCCAACCAGCAGCCGGCACUACGGGCUUAAACCCGACGCCUUCCACGGCCGCAGGGAUUGCGGACCCGUGGAUGCACGUAGUUACCCGGAUUAUAUGUACGGAUCCCCGGGAGAUCUCAGGGACAGAACCCCGCAGACUAUUCCCUCCCCGGAAUCUGAGGCCAUCGCUUCCAACAAACACAAAGAAGAAAAGACCGAAUUGGACCCUAACAACCCUGUGGCAAACUGGAUCCAUGCUCGCUCCACAAGGAAGAAAAGAUGUCCCUACACGAAAUAUCAAACGCUGGAAUUAGAAAAGGAGUUUUUGUUCAAUAUGUACCUAACUCGGGACCGCCGUUACGAAGUGGCCAGGGUUCUUAAUCUCACGGAGCGCCAAGUCAAAAUCUGGUUUCAGAACAGGCGGAUGAAAAUGAAGAAAAUGAACAAGGAGAAAACCGAUACUAAGGACCCGCAGUGAAAUGAGCCCCAAGUCCCAGGAAGGAAAGAAGGAAGGAAGGAAGGAAGGAAGGAAGGAAAGAAAGAAGAAGGAAGGAUGGAAUGAAAGAGAAACCCAGGCGCUGUUUCUUCUUCCUUGGGCUUCUAAGCGUCCCUGACUUUUCUUUUUCGGUGUGCUGAUGAGUGUUUAGAAUUAGUUAAACACGGCAACCAUUCUGGAGCAAAAAGGACAGACAAGGAGUGCUUUUCUUAAAAAAAACCCCACACAAAAAUAAAAAAAACCACAAAAAUUGCAACUAGAAAAAUAAACAUUUUUUUCCUUUUCCAGAAAACAACCACAAACUACUUGAAGGUUUAUUUUGUUUUGUUAGAAUUUUAUUUUGUAAGUUAAAUUUUAUCAAGUGUUUUUUUGUUUUGAUUUCAUGACGUCGUGGCUGCAUAUUUUGUACAAAUGCAAAGAUUAAAAAAGGGUUGGGGAAGGAAGGAGAAAGGGGUGAAGGGGGGGGGGGGGAAGUGAACCGCUCCAAACAAUGUUUCUGUCAUAGUGUUGAAACCUUUCUGGUGUACUUAUUUGUGUCUUUCUCUGAUUGUCACAGAACCGUUCUGUAAUGCUGUUAUGUUUUUGCCUAUAGUAGAGCAGCUCUCUGUAAAUAUCGACCUAACGCCACAAAAAAGAGGAGAAAAAGAAAAGAAAAAAACCUUUGAUAA